ACCGCUGUCGCCGAUGUCAAGUUCACAGCGCCUGUUGCCGGUGCACAACUCGCCGGUGGCACGACCGUCACUNUUUCCUGGACCGACGAUGGAAUCUCUCCCACUAUCGAUCAAUUUAGUACAUACACGUUGAAUCUCCUUGCUGGUGGAAACACAGAAGCCUCUACUGCCUCGCUCACCACCAUCAAAGCCGGCGUCGCUUACGUGGGUACAACUGGCUCCAUUACCUUCACCAUUCCCGUUGGCAUCGGUAAGACUGCCCNNUUUCUCCAAAUGAUCUCGAAUGGCGUCGAUGGAGGAACCGACAUUGUCUACAGCCCGCGCUUCGGUCUCACAGGCAUGACUGGCACUUUCACUCCUGCUGUGGCACAAGGUGUCGUUGCCGCCGGGUCCGACACUACCUUUACCCCACCAGUUGCUCACGAACUGAUUACCGCUGGUGCCGGUGCUGCCACCACUGCCGCUCCCGAAGCUGGCUUGUUUACCGUUCCCUACAUGUCCCAGACUGGCCUCAUCAAGUACGCUCCCAUGCAACCCCAGCCUGGAACAAAGAUCACUGCAAAGUCGGCCUCCCCUUUGAACCCCAGCUCGAGUUUCACCAUCUUCAAGACCUAUGCGCUGCCUGCCUCGAUUACUUUCACCGUGACCGAGUCUCAGACUUUGAGUCACUCAAGUAGAGAGAACCCAGCCAGCGCUGCUACUCAACCCACAGCUGCCGACAUGAAGAAGUACCUCAAUCGCUGGAAGGAC